AUGGCAUCCCCACAAGCUCAAGAGGGCAAGGUGAAGUCCGUCCUGUCCGGCGACACGCUCAUCCUGCAGAACAAGGCCAAGCAAGAACGUACGCUCAGCCUCGCCUUCAUCAACGCUCCCCGACUCCAGCAAGACGAGCCCUGCUCCUUCGAGUCACGAGACUUCAUCCGCAAGCUGUGCGUGGGCAAGGUCAUACACUUCAAAGUCCUAUACUCAAUCCCACAGAAGGUCGGUGGCUCUUCACGCGAAUAUGGCACUGUCAUGCUGCAAGGCGGACAGACUCUGCCAGACCUCAUUGUGCAGGAAGGCUGGGCAAAGCUAAGAGACGAUGCUGAGCGCAAGGCCGAGUCACCUGCGGCCGCCGAGCUGCUGGAGCGACUGCAGGCUUUGGAGGCGCAUGCGAAAGCCGAUGAGAAGGGCGUGUGGAGCUCGAAGCCGAAGUCUAUAGACAACUUGCGCGAGCUGCCGGAUCCCAAGGCAUUCGUGGAGGAGCACAAGAGCCAAGCAGUCGACGCCAUUGUGGAACGUGUGCUCAGCGGUGACCGCCUGAUAUGCCGACUCUUGGUUUCGCCAACACAGCAUGUACAGACCACAGUCCUGGUUGCAGGUCUGAAAGCGCCUUCGACGGCAAGAACAAACCCAAGCGACGGCUCCUCUCAAGCAGCCGAACCCUACGGAAACGAAGCGCAGGCAUUUGUGGAAGAGAGAUUAUUACAACGAGGCGUGCAGGUGCGGGUACUCGGCGUCUCACCAAACAAUCUGCUUGUUGGUGAAGUGAGACACCCUGUUGGCAACAUUGCCGAGUUCCUGCUCAAGGAAGGCUAUGCGCGGUGCGUCGACCAUCAUUCCACCUGGCUGGGUGGUGAGAUGGGCAAGCUACGGCAAGCAGAACGUCAAGCAAAGGAGCAGCAGAAAGGCGUAUUCAAGAGCCAUGUGACGCCACGUGCAGGUGGCGGUAGCGAGAGUGAAGCAACCGUCAGCCGAGUCUUCUCCGCUGACACGCUAUUCAUUCGUAACAAGGCUGGCACAGAGAGGCGGAUAAACCUCAGCAGCGUACGGCAACCCAAGCCAAGCGACCCGAAACAAUCACCAUUCAGCGCCGAAGCAAAAGAGUUCCUGCGGAAGCGACUGAUCGGCAAGCAUGUCAAAGUCACCAUCGAUGGCAAGCGGCCAGCUACCGAGGGCUACGAUGAGCGCGAGAUGGCUACGGUAUCCCAGAACAACAAGAAUGUCGCUCUCAUGCUUGUUGAGAACGGCUACGCAUCGGUAAUCCGGCACCGAAUGGACGACCAAGACCGCAGCCCACUCUAUGACGAGUUGCUCGCGGCCGAAGAAGCUGCUCAGAAGGACGGAAAGGGCAUGUGGAACCAGAAAGCACCCAAGCCACUGAAUUACGUCGACUACAGCGAGUCACUCGAGAAAGCGAAGCGACAACUGACACUCCUGCGGAACCAGAAGCGGGUGCCUGCAAUUGUGGACUUCGUCAAAUCUGGCUCCCGUUUCACUGUGCUGGUACCCAGGGAAAAUGCCAAACUCACAUUCGUCCUCGGUGGGAUCCGUGCUCCUCGUUCAGCUCGUGGUCCGAAUGAUGCUGCAGAACCUUUUGGCCAGGAAGCGCACGACUUUGCAGUGCGCAGGUGCAUGCAACGGGAUGUGGAGAUUGACGUAGAGGAUACCGACAAGACUGGUGGAUUCAUUGGGACGCUCUACGUCAACCGCGAGAGCUUUGCCAAAGUGUUGGUUGAAGAAGGCCUCGCAAGUGUGCACGCAUACUCGGCGGAGAAGAGCGGCAAUGCCAAUGAGCUGUUCCAGGCAGAGCAGAAGGCCAAAGAGGGGAGGAAGAAUAUGUGGCAAGACUGGGACCCAUCACAAGAUGCAGAAGAAGAUGGCGAGGAGCUAGCUGACACUGCAACAAAUGGUGCCGAUGGUGUUAACGGGGAUGCUGAGGCGAAGCCGCGCGAGAGGAACUACAAGGACGUUACUGUCACUUUUGUUGACCCGACAAACGCUCGCCUGAAGCUGCAGAUGCUUGGAGGUGGCACUUCCAACCUGGGCUCACUGAUGAAGGACUUUGCUUCCUUCCACAUCUCGCCCUCGAACAACCAGCCCCUCCCUUCACCACCCAAAGCCGGCGACAUCGUCUCCGCAAAGUUCUCUGAAGACGGCGUCUGGUACCGCGCUCGCGUCCGCCGCAACGACCGGGAGAACAAGAAGGCGGAGCUCGUGUACAUUGACUACGGCAACUCGGAGACUCAACCUUGGAGCUCCCUUCGUCCACUGGAUCAGAGCCGCUUCGGCACGCAGAAACUGAAGCCACAAGCUGUCGAUGCGGUGCUUUCAUUCCUCCAAUUCCCGACAUCAACCGAAUACCUCGCCGACGCUGUCGCCUUCAUCAACGAAGUCGUCCUCGAUCGGUCGCUAGUCGCCAACAUCGAUUUCACCGACUCGAAGGAUAACGGGUUGCUGUACGUCACGUUGAUGGACCCGCAGCAAGCGGCCAGUCUGGACCAGAGCCUGAACGCGGAGGUCGUGAGCGAGGGUCUGGCGAUGGUGCCGCGGAAGUUGAAGGCGUGGGAGAGAGGGGCGACGGAUGUGCUGAAAGGGCUGCGGGAGAAGGAGGGGGCGGCGAAGGAGGCGAGGAGGGGGAUGUGGGAGUAUGGGGAUCUGACGGAGGAUUAG